UGCAGACAGAACAUGGCUGACCUGUCAGAAGACCAAUGAGGGAAAGGCCAAAUUUAGCAUAAUCGAUCUUAUUUUUUUACGCCGUACUGACCACCGUUGAACGUCGUGGACAGCAUUUGACCAGAGGCAUUCAAGAUGAGUGAGUUUCCAGAGGGAAUAGCAAAUGGCCCUAGCAGGGGUAAACAGUCACAGAAGGAUGCCCAAAUCUGGGAGAGGCCGUGGACUCUUGAAGAGAUGCGGCAGAACAGUGCCAACUGGUCCCUGGCUGCUGAUGCAGGGCUCUUCCUCUUCCUCCAAGACUUCUCCCAGAGAAUGCUGUCAAAGACUCAUGAGAUAGAAAAGCAGAUGGACAGUCUGAUCCGGGACACCAAGGCCACUGACAGCUGCCUGCACUCUGUCUUUAACGACUUCCUCAUGUUGUCCAAUACACAGUUUAUAGAAAAUAGAGUAUAUGAUGAAGAGGUAGAGGAGACUGUUUCCAAGGCAGAAGCUUUUGAGAAGCAGCCUGAGCAGGAGAAGACUCGAGAGCAGAAAGAGGCAGAGUUGAUACCAAAGAUGCAGGAAGCUGUAAACUACGGCCUAAGUGUGUUAGAGUCAGCUUUCGAGCAUCUGGACAUAAAAGCAGGAAACUCUGACUCAGAGGACGAGGACCUCACUGACAGAGUGGAGGCAAUCCUCGAGCCCAAGGAUCUUUACGUAGACAGGCCUCUUCCAUAUUUGAUUGGCUCCCAGGCUUUCAUGGAGCAAGAGGAUGUAGGACUUGGUGACCUCUCAAGUGAUGAGAUGUCAGUCGACAGUGACAGAGACAGUGUGAUUGAGAGUGAAGAAGGAAAAGAAGCAGUGCAAUCAGAUGAUGACUUUAUUCAGGAGGAAGAUGAAGAUCACAAUAAUUUCAAGAAGAAGUCGUCUAUGUUGAGUUAUGACGAUGAUGAAGAGGAGGACGACGAGGAUUCAGACAUAUUUGGAGACUCAGACCAAGACGAUGACGGGGACUCAAAGAACACAGGCCCGUCAUCUUUUGCUGAUGAGCUGGCAGCUAGAAUCAAAGGCGAACCGAUUAAAAAACCAGAGGGAGAUCGCGCAUCAAUUACAUCUAAGAAGAAGACUAAAAGCAGGAAGGAAAUAAAGCCUGUUAAGCCUCAGGCUGAAGAGGACAGUGAUGACAUAUUUAAGCCACCAAAGAUGGAUGAAGAUGACCUGUCGCCAUUUGGUGGGAAAAGUGGCCUCUUUAGUGGAGGAAGGGGUCUGUUUGAUGACGAUGAUGAGGGUGAUCUUUUCUCUGAGGCACCAAAACCUCCUGUAACUGAAGAGAAAAAAGCCCAAAAUGAAAACACUAAAACCCCAAGUCAGGCUCCGGAAUCUGACAAACCUGCAAAGAAGAUUCCAGCAGGUGCCGUUUCAAUAUUCCCAGAUAACAACCUGUUUAGUUCGGUAAACAACUCAGAUUCAGUGGAGAGCAAGGAAAAUGGAACCACUCCUAAAUCGGCUCCUACAGCAGCUGGUGUCGGAGGGGGGCUAUUUGAUGAUGAAGAGGAUGAGGAUGAUGACUUCUUCAGUGGUAAAAGCCUGAAGAAACCAGAAACUGCUGUACAGGAAAAAACAAAACCCAAGAAAGCUAUAGACCUUUUCGAUGAAGAUGAUGAAGAUGAGGACAUAUUCAGUGAAAAAACCAGUAUGCCAGCCCCAGUUCAAAACAAGAAGGAAUCAGUGGAAGAGCCGGUUAAACAUCCUGAUAAAAAGCUGCCAGCUGGAGCCAUCUCCAUGUUCGGUCCUGGGACUAAAAACUUACUCACUGAGGGCCUGAAAAAGCGCCAGCAGUCAACCAGCGAGGAAUCUGAGAAAUCUGAGGAGAACGGGGCUCCUCCAGAUGUUGGCAAGGCUGCUGUCAAGUCCACUCAGAAACCUCAGACCAGAGGCCUUUUCUCCGAUGAUGAAGACACACUGGGUUUUCCAGCCAUCCCCAAGAGCCAGUCAAAGCCUGAACCUACAAACCAGAGCAAAACCAGCAAGGCUCCUUUGUCGUUGUUUGAUGACGAGGAGGAGGAGGAUCUAUUUGCAUCUGCAGCUAAAUCUAAACCAAAAUCCAGUCAAGCUAAAGCCUCCACACCACAGCCCAAAAAGGCUGUGUCCAGUUCCCUCUUCAGUGAUGACGAUGAGGACCAGUGGCUAAGCUCUAAAAGUAGUCCUGAGAAGCCCGAGGCCAAAGCAGGAGGAAUGAAGCCAAGCGCUAGCGCCCCCUCCAGCCUCCCCAGUGCCAAAAUGUCUCACAAAAGUAGCCUGUUUGAUGAUGACGAAGAUGAUCUGUUUGCCCCAACUAAAGAGUCCAGUCAGAAGAAGCCACAGAGAGUUGCUCUCUUGUUUGAAGAUGAAGGCGAUGAAGACAAAGAAUCUCUCUUUAGCAUCAAACCUGCCGUCAACACAAACAAUGCAGCCCCAGCCUCUAAAACACCAGCUGUGGCCUCUCAGCCGUCCUCCCUGAUGGAGAAAUCAGAGGAGGUUUUGGUGUCUAGCAUAGAAAACAAGCCUUCAGAGGAGGAGAAACCAGCAGCGAAGACUCCUGAGCCGCUUGCCCCAUCCUCGCCCUCACCACAGAGUAGUGAAAGUAAAAAGAAACCUCCUGGAGCCGUCAGUCUUUUUGGUGGAAUUGAUAUUUUUGCAAGCAAGCCGAGUAAGAGCCCAUUGGAUGAAAAUGACCAGGAAGACAGCAUCCUCACUAAAGAAAGCCCACCUUUAGCUGUAAAGAAAGAGGAGAAGAAGGAGGAAAAAGUCAAAACAAACACUGUCAGUCUAUUUGAUGAUGAGGAAGAGGAUGAUUCUGACUGGAAUGAUUCGAUUUUCACACCCAGUAAACCCACAACAAAAAACACACAAAAGCCUACAGAAGAGCGACCAAAAACAAAGAGCACAGGUGUGUUCCAGGAUGAGGAGUUGCUGUUCAGUCAAACACAGCAGAAAGACAACGACCCAGAUGUUGACCUCUUUGCCACCUCAGGAAAAGCUCCAACUUCCAAGCUGAGCUCAGUGAAGCCGGCAGCUCAGAGUCUGUUUGCAGAUGACGAUGAGGAUGACCUCUUUGGCUCUGUCAAGCCCAAAGCCCCCCCUCCGAAAGUAGCUGAGAAGCCAAGUAAACCGAAUGACAAAGCACCACUAGCAAGUCCAGAAUCUGUAGCAGAGAUUAAGAAACCUGCACCAAGUGUUGUAAAACCUAAAGAUUCCUCAUCAAGGAUUGGGAAACUUCAAGCCAAUCUGAUGAUCAACCCUGCCGCGUUGCUGCCUGGUGCUGUCCCCACUUUGCCAGGGGCUGUGAGUGCUUUCCCUGGCAUGGGCCCCAGUUCUUCCUCUGGGGUCUCCAGCUCCAGCCUGAGUCCGAGCCCUGUCACAACUCCCGUUGGAGCCCAGGCAGGGAAUGAGGCAGCAGUAAGCUUUGAUUCCCCAGUCCAGACUACAACACUGCAGAGUGCACAGAAGAGUCGUGCCAAAGGCCCUGCCCAGCGGAGACCCCAGUCCAGAGCUGCCAGGCAGCAAGAAGCCAAAAGGUCUGUAGUGGAUGAAGAGCAGAGCCCGAGUGAAAACAUUUCUGUCCCAAACCCCAGUCGGUCUGGUUUAGUCUUACCUCCACCAGUCAAGUCCAGUCCAAACCUAUCUGACGCAGCUGCUCCUACAGCCUUGCCCACCGCCUCAAAUUUGCAAUCUUCUCUCCCUGAAACCUCCCCCAGACCCUCUGCACUGACACUGCCAGUAUCCACAACUGAUGGAAAGAAAGAUUUAAGUAAAGAAACUCUCAAGGUGCUGCCUUCUUCUGAUGAGGAUGACCUGUUUGGCUCAGACAGUCUGUUUAGCAUCACAAAUACAUCCACCACUAAACAAACUACCAAGACUUCAACACCUGCAGCCAGAAGUGAUGGGGGACUGAAGAAAGAUAAGGAAAAAAGCACACUCCCAUCCAUUUUUGACGACAACACUGACGACCUGUUCCAAAAGGUUAAACCGAAGUCAACAGCUAAGAAGGCCAAGGCCUCAUCCUUCUUGGAAGAAGACGACGAUGAGGACAUAUUUGGAGUGAGCAACAGCUCCACUCCCACAUCUACAAACAGUAAAGACAUCAAGAACAGCAGUACUCUCUCAAAGCAGGAUAUUUUCCAGGAUGAAGUUACCAUUGUGCCUAAGGUUGACAAGAAGCACAAAGAGAAGACGAUUGAUGCCAGCUUGUUUGACGACAACAUUGACAUUUUUGCUGACCUGACGGACUCGUUGAAGCCAAAACAGAAGUCCAAGACAAAGGGAGAGACCAAGUCAAUAUUUGAUGAUGACAUGGAUGACAUCUUCUCAUCAAGCACCGUAAAAACAGUCACAAAGGCUCCCAGCAAAUCAAAGAAGAUGCCACCAUCUCAGGAGAGCGUUACAGCUGCUGAUUCAAGCAACAUCUUUGAUGAUCCACUAAAUGCUCUUGGUGGGAACUGAUGUUUCUGAGUGGCCAGAUUUGUACAAUUGUGAAUUGAAUCUUUUGUCAUUGUGGCUGAAAGAUUAGAGAUCGGAUACACUGUUGAUAGAGUAUUUAUUCGUAUGAAUUCAUAUAAAUACUAUGGCAUAUUUUUUGCUGAUAAAGUCUCAAAUGAAAAUAAUUCCAGUCAUCUUCCAAAAGCACUUCCAAAAUCAUCUCUGCAUCAGAUCAUUUUAUGUAACAGUUAAUGUGUACUGUUAAUCUUUAUUAUUCAUGAUAGCACUUUAUAAGCAUACCAUAUGCUUAGCCUCAAAGCCUGCAGAAAUUAACAGUAAAUUGUUGUUUAUUUUGAAAAUGUUUAUUGUUUGGCUUUUCCAUGUUGAGAUUCCAUGUCUUUGGGUUUGUGCCAUAUCAUGGUUAUGAGAAAUCAGUGUGUUUACCUAAUGUCUUAGGCAUUUUGACAAUGUUUUUAUUAAUAGAUAAGUUCAUCAAUUUCUUAACUUUGGCUGUGAUAUAAAGGAAAUUCAUUUUUAAUAACUAAAAAGAAACAUAUUUUAUGCUAUCUGAAAUGUUUGUCAUUAUUUUUAAUUCAUGUUUGUGUCUGUUGAGGCUAA